AGGUGUGCGGAUUUUCAAGGUCUGGGUGCCAUGGAACUGGACCUGAGCCCACCUCAUCUCAGCAGCUCCCCAGAAGAUGUGUGCCCAGCUCCUGGGACGCCUCCUGAGACUCCUCCACCCCCGGAUAACCCUCCGCCAGGGGAUGUGAAGCGGUCCCAGCCUCUGCCCAUCCCAAGCAGCAGGAAACUUCGAGAAGAGGAGCUCCAGGCAACCUCUUUACCCUCCAUCCCCAACCCCUUCCCCGAGCUCUGCAGCCCACCUUCACAGAAACCUAUUCUUGGGGGUUCCUCCGGUGCAAGGGGUUUGCUUCCUCGAGAUUCCGGUCGCCUCCACGUGGUGAAGGUGUACAGUGAAGACGGGGCCUGCCGGUCUGUGGAGGUGGCAGCAGAAGCCACAGCUCGCCAUGUGUGUGAAAUGCUGGUCCAGCGAGCGCAUGCCCUGAGCGAUGAGAGCUGGGGCCUGGUGGAGUGCCACCCCUACUUAGCACUGGAGCGGGGUGUGGAGGACCAUGAGUUCGUGGUGGAAGUGCAGGAGGCCUGGCCUGUUGGUGGAGAUAGUCGCUUUGUCUUCCGCAAAAACUUCGCCAAGUAUGAACUGUUCAAGAGCCCCCCACAUACCCUGUUCCCAGAAAAGAUGGUCUCCAGCUGUCUGGAUGCACAAACAGGCAUAUCCCAUGAAGACCUCAUCCAGAACUUCCUGAACGCCGGCAGCUUCCCCGAGAUCCAGGGCUUCCUGCAGCUUCGGGGCUCAGGCCGGGGAUCAGGCCGAAAGCUUUGGAAACGAUUUUUCUGCUUUCUGCGCCGUUCUGGCCUCUAUUACUCCACCAAGGGCACCUCCAAGGACCCGAGGCACCUGCAGUACGUGGCCGAUGUGAAUGAGUCUAAUGCGUAUGUGGUGACCCAGGGCCGCAAGCUCUAUGGGAUGCCUACGGACUUCGGCUUCUGUGUCAAGCCCAACAAGCUUCGAAAUGGCCACAAGGGGCUCCACAUCUUCUGCAGUGAGGAUGAGCAGAGCAGAACCUGCUGGCUGACUGCCUUCCGUCUCUUCAAGUAUGGGGUGCAGUUAUAUAAGAAUUAUCAGCAAACUCAAUCUCGUCACCUGCGUCUAUCCUUUUUGGGGUCUCCGCCUUUGAGAAGCGUUUCGGAUAAUACCCUAGUGGCCAUGGACUUCUCUGGCCAUGCUGGGCGUGUCAUUGAGAACCCCCGAGAAGCUUUGAAUGCCGCCAUGGAGGAGGCCCAGGCUUGGAGGAAGAAGACAAACCACCGCCUCAGCCUGCCCACCCCAUGCUCUGGGUCAAGUCUCAGCACAGCCAUCCACCGCACCCAGCCUUGGUUCCAUGGACGCAUUUCCCGGGAGGAAAGCCAGCGGCUAAUUGGACAGCAGGGCCUGGUGGAUGGUGUGUUUCUGGUCCGGGAGAGCCAGCGCAACCCCCAAGGCUUUGUCCUGUCCUUGUGCCACCUGCAGAAAGUCAAGCAUUAUCUCAUUCUACCAAGCGAAGAUGAGGGCUGCCUCUACUUCAGCAUGGACGACGGCCAGACCCGGUUCACAGAUCUGCUGCAGCUGGUGGAGUUCCACCAGCUGAACCGAGGCAUCCUGCCCUGCGUGCUGCGCCACUGCUGCGCUCGUGUGGCCCUCUGACCCUGUCCAUCCUGACUUCUGUCCCUAAGGGAGGCAUCUGUGGUCCUCUCCCCAGGAGCUCCUGAGGCACUGCUCCAGUCAGGGGCAUUAUGAGAGAAGUAGGGGCAGCCCAGGUGGCCUCAUGCCCCACACUCUGUACAGACUAAGAGGCCAGUUGAUCUGCUCUGUUUUAUACUAGUGACAAU